AUGCUUGCAACUUGCCAACCUCAACCUUCACAUACUACAUCAUUAGCUGGUAAUAUUAAAAACUCCGGCAAUAUUAUGUCGUCUACUGCUACAAUAUCCUCUACAACAUCAACAACCUCUUCUAUUAAUGAUGCUAAUCAUGUUAUGAUGCCACCAUCAGCUAUAACAACAAAUGAUAAUUUAUCUAGUGGAUAUUCUUUAAGUCAAUUUGCUUAUAAUGCUGCAAAAGCUGCAGCACCAUUUGCAAUACAUGAAAUUUUAGGUUUAGCUGGUGGUAUAACUAAUCAUAUUAAUAAUGGAAAUUCAACAAAUUCAUCUAAUAUGGUUUUAGAAAAUUAUUCUAACUCAAAUAUAAAUAAUUACUCUACAAAUAAUAAUUUUUUUUCAACUACUACUAAUCAACAAAUUUUUGAUGGAAAUUUUAUAAAUACACAUAAUUUAGGAAAUAUGAAUAAUCCACAUGUAAUGCAUGAGAAUCGUCUUAAUGGUACGAUAAAUAGUUUCAUAUCAAAUCCAUUUGAAUAUGGUUGUAGUGGAAAUAGUAAUAUUAAUGGAAAUGUACAUGGAUUCAGUAUGUAUGAUGGAAAUUGUAAUAGAAUUUAUAAUAUGAAUUCUCCCUCUUCUUCAUCUUUAAGUAACCUUAUGAUUGAAGAUAUUACAUCAACAACUAUAAAAAAUGAGAUGAGAAGUAACAAAAGUUUUACCAAUGAUACAACAUCCUCUUCUAAUAGUUGUGGUGGGGUUUCAAAAAAGAAAAAACGUAGGCAUAGGACUAUUUUUACACAACAACAAGUUGAUGAAUUAGAAAAAGCAUUUCAAGAUGCUCAUUAUCCUGAUGUUUAUGCUCGUGAACAUAUAUCUGCUAAAACUGAUCUUCCUGAAGAUAGAAUUCAAGUUUGGUUUCAGAAUAGGAGAGCAAAAUGGAGGAAAACUGAAAAAACAUGGGGAAAAUCUACAAUAAUGGCAGAGUAUGGUUUAUAUGGAGCAAUGGUUAGACAUUCUCUUCCAUUACCCGAAACAAUAACAAAAAGUAGUAAUUCUAAUAUAACAGAUGAUAUUAAAGAAAGUCCAGCUCCAUGGUUAUUAGGAAUGCAUAAAAAAAGUAUUGAAGCAGCAACUCAUUUAGAAAAUAUUCAAGGAAUAGAUGAGAAUGAUACUGAUGAAGAUGAUGACAAUUAA